AUGGAGUCUGCCGGUAUUCAUGGGGCGGGAAUGAUGAUUUACAUCGCUUACAGAUUGAAUACCGGCAGACUCCAUACCGUGACAGUGGAAAUACCGCGCAAAGGGCGGGUAUUUAUCGACACGCUCUUAGUCAUCGUGUGCAUCUGGCUCGAAUCGGCCUUGACCGACGUAUGGUCCCUCGUUGUGGUGUUAGCCGGGAUGCUGCAUUUGAUAUGCAUUUCCCACCUCUUUGUCAUAUUUGAGAACUUGGGCGUAUUUGAUUGUUUGGCUUCGGCCAUUAGUUCGGCCAUUUAUGUGAUGGUUGAAAAGGAUCAGAAAAAAAAAACUCCUUGCCGAUUAGUCAUAUCGUUUUUCUGCUGCUUGCCGAUGGUGUGUAUGAAACACGCCAGCGACUCCUAUCUGUGGCGCUCCAAUCCGGCGGAAGCAGCUGAAGCACGUAGGAGGGCCGUCAGUCAGGCGGUCAAUCAAGCGAUCGCAGCAGUAUAUCUGAAACUAUCAGAGGUGGCGAGUAGGCCUUUUAAUAGUGCCAUGACUGCAGCAUCAAACACAAGGGUGGCAACGAAUAAUGCAAAGCAAGCUGCAGACAAUACUCUGGCAUCUGCCAAAUUGGCGCAGGAAGCCAUGGACAAGGUGGUGGCCGCGGUGGCCGGCGGCAGCCCAGAUUUGGUGGCGGCAGUGCGGGAGGCGGGAGAUGCCGUUCGUGAUGUAGAGAAGAAUGCCCAGGAUUCGGUGAGGGGAGCCGUGAUUGCAGUGAGGGAAGCACAUCAGUCGGAGGAGAAUACAAAUUCGGCGUGUGGGACGUACGCGCGAAUAGAGAACGGGGAUAUAGAUAUCGCUACUUUGUUGGGGCCGUGA